AUGAACGGAUUAGCGAAUCACGCCGGCUAUGCUGCCACAUUUCCGGAAUACGUUGAAGAGCCGGGGUAUGCAGCCGUAUCAGAGCAGGAAUGCCCAAGGAAAACCGCCGCGGUUGCGAUGGUAUGCCACUGCGCCGACGAGGCACGGGAGAGUGUACACAAACGCGACAAUGAUGUCUUGCUGAUCCUUCUGUAUCUGGAAGACAAUCAGAAGCAGCGCGGGUUAAUGUCUCAGCGUAGGGUACGUGUAACAAGGGCGCUGACAGAGAGUGGGCCAAGGCCCCAUAGUGACCGCGGGGGCGCCGCGGGACGCCUCCAGGUGCGGCGCUCGCUCGGCCCCGCGCCCGCUGCUGCUGCGUCGGCGGCGGCGGCGGCUGCGGGAGACGCUGCCGAGGAGGGCCUCUUGCUGGCCUCGGGGGCAGCGGUUUGGGGCGCGGCGCCGGGAAACUUAGCUCAGCAAGGUGUGAGGAAGAACAGUUUAGAUGCCAUUGAAUUUUGGUGGUGA